UGGGAAACACCUCCCUCCGCUUCUCGGAUGGGGCGGACAGAGUUGCAGUCGGAACACCCUUCAACUUUUCUGAAACACUCCACAAAGUGUCCGACGUCCUGCCAUGUUGGGACUGUAACGCAUUUCGGAUUGCUGGUCGAUUUUCCUCGCGCUCCUGAGUCAUGGCUCCGUUUGGAAAAAACUUCCUGAAAGCUCGACAGAAAAACAGAACAAAAGAUGCAGAGCCAGUGGAAGGAAAGGAGAUUCAGGUUACGGUCUGCAACGAGGACAAGGUUGUCUGUGGAGUAACAAAGCACACAACAUGUGCAGAUAUGAUUCAGGCAUUACUGGAUGAUCACAAGUCAAUCCCAGAGAGCAAGCAGCUCCUGCUCGGGGAACCCAAAGACUUCUGUCUGGUUGAGCGGUGGAAGGGUUUUGAGAGGGCCUUGCCUCCUCUCACCAGAAUUCUGAGACUCUGGUAUGCCUGGGGUGACCAGAGACCCUUUAUCCACUUUACUCUAGUCAAAACCAGCGAUUUUGUGCCUCAGCCCACCAAGAAGGGUGGAAAGUCCAAGGGGGCCAAGGCAAAGCGAUGGGAGCAUGGUCAUGCUCAGUCACUGCCCGUGGAGAGACAAAAGCGCAUGGUGAAGAAAGCUUUCCGGAAGCUGGAAAAGCUUCACAAUGAGACCAAGAGCUCCCCGGGUGCUGACGAGGUCGACCGGAUGGUGCAGCUUAUUCUCAACCAGGACCACGCCAUCCGGGAGCAGAUUCAGCGCAUGAGGGAGCUGGAUGUGGACAUCGAGCAGUUGGAGCUGGAAGUUCAGAAGGAAGCUGAGUCUGAGAGUUCCCUGGCUCAUGCCGCUGGUCAGAGUUUGGAGACGCACAGCGACAAGCAGCUGCAGGAGUACCUGUACAACAGCGACGGAGUCAAACAGCUUGAGCUGCAGGUUCAGAGGCACCAGGCGCUAAUCCUCCAGCUGUCCCGGGAUAUUGACGCCGAGCUGAGGACGGCCAACUUCCCACGGAGCCAAUAUGAGGACAUUGAACAGGAAGGAGCCGCGGCCGCUUCCUGGAUCCCCUUGGAGACAGACGAAUCGUUCUACGCCGCUGAACUCGAGAGGUUGCAGGAUGAAGUGAAACACAGCCUCUUCGCUGGCGUAUCCCUGCACAAACAAGCUGCAGAAAUAGACAAGCAGCUGAAAUACUGUGACGCUACGUUGGUCUCCAAGGAUCAGGAGUGCUGGCAGCUGGCUGUCCAACUAAGCUCACUGCAAAUUGGGGACAGCAAAGAAGAGGAGGAGUCCAGUCCUGUCCCUCUCAAAAGUGAGACUCAGUGCAGCGUCUCACAGACAGUGAAACUCAAGCAUAGCCUGUCCCCUCUAGACGUUACGGACACAGACUCAGACACUGGAAUUAGCUCCACACACAGUCAGGACUCGCUGUCGCCAUGUCUCGACUUCCCUCCACCCCUGGACACAGACGUUUGAACAACCCAGUUGACCCUGCAAUUUAUUGUUCUGUAUGCACUAGCCCCCAGUGUGUGCCUGUCGUGUGUUUUUAUUACAUUUCAGUCACUGAGCUAAGCGUCUGUUUUUCUGAAAGAUAAAUCCCUGGUUGUCUUUUAUGAAAAAUGAAGGUAAUUUAUUUAGAGCUAAAACACUUAGUUGAUUGACGGAAGAUAAUCAUCAAUUAUUGUGAUAAUAAAUAAGAAAAAAUGCCAAAUAUUCUUUGGCUUCAGUUUCGGAAAUGUAAGGUUGUACUGUUUUGACUCUGUCAUGUAUGUUAGUAUAGUAUAGGAUAAUGAAUGUCAAAGAAAUUUGGACUACUUAAUCCAUUAGCUGAAAAAAAAUAAAUGAAUGAAACCUGUAUUGCCCCUAGGGGAAUUUGCUUUGCACAAAGAGCAUACAAUGAUAUAAAAAAACAUCAUCAACCAUACACGAGAGCACAUAAUAUAACAGGGAACAAAUGCAUCAUCAAUCAACAGAUUGAGUAAUUGUUUUUGCCGUUUUGAAUGUAUUUUUCUCAAUCAAAUAUAGAGAUGGAAGCUGUAGGUGAAAUAUAUCCGUGUAUUUAUCCACAAAGUUAUUGCCAUUGUGUUUUGUAUGUUUCGUCUUGUGCUGUUAAAAAAGGAGCACGAUGACACAUAACUUUUGGAUUGUGAAAUGAGUCACAACUUGGGAAACAAGAUCUUUUUUUAAAUCCAGAGGGACCAAAGAAUCUUUGAGGAUUCUGGAAAUACCUUCAAAAAACAGCUGCAAUUGUUGAAUAACCUCCUGGGUUUCUUGCAAACGCAAACGGAUGCUUUGGUCUUUGACCUAAAUGUAAUGAUAAUACAUGCACAAAACUGGAGCUAUAUGUGCGCCAGCUUCGGUCUAUCACUGUUUAUGGCGGCUGGGUUUCCCGACUUUUGAGUGUACACUUUUACGACUAUUUCACCAUCUAAGGUGUACAAGGCUUAGUUACUUAAAAGCAUUUUUUUUAUUGUUUCAUUUCUUAACAAUGGUGAAUGUAUGCUUCUUUUCUUUCUUAAAGUUCUCAAGCUAUUUAUGAAGCUGCACUUCUUUGUACACACUUAAGUCUAUUAACAAUGUUUUAUAUUAAAACAAAUAGCUAACUGUUUUGGAUGUAGAAUUUAAGAUUUGUUAAAAAUGUAAACAUUCCUCAACUACACUGUAAACAUAUUGCUGUAACCACUGUAAAUGAUUAUUCUUAUGACACAGGCACAAUGUGUAACGACUAUUUGAUGAAAUAACCGAGGCAAACAUAUUUAUUUAUCAUGUAAUUGUAUUUUACACAUGAGAUUGUAUUAUGACUAUAUUUCCCCUCUGAGGCAAUGAUCUCCAUCUGCCACUGAUCUGAUUAAACACAUUAUAUUCAGGACCAAAACAGCGCAAACAUCUGAAUUAUAUCUGUGUAAUCAUGAGCCUGAAAACAACAACAACAAUGAUAAAGUAAAAUGUACAUUUCAACUUUCAUAAUAAACACUAAUACUUUAAUUGUCAAGUAA